AUGUCCUCAAAACCACCUUAUCAGCUUCUGACGAGGCAUUCGUCAGUUCAUUCCAGUACCCAUACUGGAGCAGACGUGAUCAAUGCUAUUCUUCGUGCAGACAAGAACCGCGCCUCAACGGGACGUCCGCUCACACGAUCAUCUCAUCGAUUGCGUUUAGCCUCUGGUCUGGAUUCUUCGCAUUUAACAAAGACCAUUUCAAUGCUUCGAGAAGGGGACAUGCCUGAGUCUCAUUCGCUAGCUUUCCCUGGAGAACCGGAACCAUCUUCAGCGAGUACCAUGGAAGCAGUACAAGACGUUAGUCUUGGCCUAACUGGCGAUUCAUGUUUCACAAUGAGAGAUUGUAUCGGCGAUCGCGUGUGCGUUGCGGUCAAUGGAGCCUGCCGAGGAAAAGAUAAUUGCAACUGCAUUCCACGGUCUCCUACAACUUGCUCGUCGACGUCCGACUGUGUCACUGGAGAAGUGUGCAUCAGUUCAGACAGUUAUCCACACGACUAUUGCGUCUCCAAGCAAUAUGCCAUUGACACGGGCGCCGUUUUCGGAGAAUUCCUACUCCCGACAGCAACGCCAGUCUAUGUCGUCGUCCCGCAGGUAACUGUCCCUGCUUCUGACAUUGAUGGUGGGCUGACAGCCGACCCAUGCACAGUCGAUGAAGAGUGCCGUGAUGAUCGAACUUGCCUCUCUGUAGAUAAAUUGACAGAAUGCGAACGCCGUGGCUCUUGCAUUUGCUUUCCAACAGUUGUUGUACGAUGUGAAUAUUCCGAAGAAUGUCCCGAAGGCGAGAAGUGUGGUAGUUCCCGCGGGGCAGAGGACAUUUGCUUAUCAGCUGCUUUUGUGGAAGAGAAUACAGACGUGUUUGAGUCUACAUCGGCGCCCGGCAUGGAUGUCUCGUCUCCAAGGAUGGAGUCUCAUGAUGAAGAAGACGAGCCGAGCAGCUCAGGAGAUCCGCUUCGUUCACCAGAAACUCAUGCUCCUGAUCUCUUCCCAAGAGGGCUCAAUGGAGACCCAUGCACCAGCUCCAGCGAUUGUCGUAAAUAUCGAUCAUGUGAACAUCUAAAACGGUCGUGCUCCGCAGAAGAUGGUUGCAUUUGUUCUCCCCGGAAGGCCAUGAAUUGCACAGACAAUUCAGAUUGUGCAGCGGGCUGGAGAUGUGUGAAGCUGCUGAAGCGACACCUGUGCAUGUCACAGGUAGUGAUAACGAGAAGUGGACUGCUGGGGCGAACGGUUAAGUCUCAUCCCAAAUCGACUACGGUAUAAAUCCACCUGUUGCAAAGCGUCCCAACAACUCGUAGGCUUCCGAGCCGAAGUAACAUAGCCUUUCUCUUCCUGGUCAUGUACAAUCACUCUACCCAAUGUUCAUCGCGGCUAAAGACACCUCUGCAAUGUUACUUGAGUUGUACGGAACAUUUCGUUCUGUUCGGAAACUAACAGUGAAGAUUUCGGUCCAGAGUUAAGCGAACGGACCAUGUCGAGUUGCAUUCGAAUGUAGUUUUGCUUGACGGAUAUUCAGUAGGGACAAGGUGUCCGAUAUGAACAUGGAAAUCAGUUAGUGGACCGAUUGGUUCUCCAUGCGCUCACUCUUUGAGGCCCGUUCAUGUAUUGGAUGACAUGUCAGAAACAAUUUGUAGAUUAGGUGCGCUCAUGUCCAUAAACUGUCUGCCGCUUCCUCACCCAUAGAGAGUAAACGGCAACUUCAAGUGUGAAACGUUUAUUCUCAUGCACAAUGAAUAAAAAGAAGUAAUUAUCCCCGACCGUAUUGAGAAACGGAAACACCAUGAUCUGAAGAUCGUUACUACCGCAUAUAAUAUGUAAGAGCAUUGAAGAAAAAGACAGAAUGGAGAAACUGGCUCUGUUUGCCUAGGUGGUAUGGUCGCCUUGACUCUAGUGUGAGUGAACGCAAAGGCUUUAGUCAUCGCCAAAGUGAAAGGCACAUUCGAGAGAAGUCUCUUCCAGAAAACGAGGGAACUAGUAUUCUUUUCAAUCUUGGCUAUCGCCAUUUCCUAUUUGCACAUGAAUCCUGUCGAUGAUAUGUCAGCUUUGUAUGAAGAGCUUCGAAAGGCUGAAAAGCGAUAUUAUCUUCUUUACACAAAGGCCAGGAUCGUUGCAGAAAUGAAGAAAGAUCAAAGAGAAGAACUACAACCAGCGAUUGCAUUCCUUUUUGCCAUUGAAUCGCACGGAUCUGCGUUUCAAACGGAUGCGGAGGCAAUCGAGGUGUAUGAGAAAGAAAUAAAAAGGGGAAAUGAACUUGUCGAAAUAGCUGAGACAAAAGCCCAGGAUGCUCGAGAAUGCAUGGAGAAGGCCCGACACAAAGUUAAUGAGGGUUUGAAGAAAGAAGAAAAACGGAGACUGAUUCAACAGGCCUGGAAUGAGCUUGCUCUCCUCGAAGCGAGAGUUGGAGACAAGACAGAACCAACUAGUUCUGCCACAACCAAUACGGAUCAGGCUACAGGAGAACUACCAGAACUAGAUAUUCUCAAAUAAGCCUGGACGCCAAGACAUUUUUGUUCUUCCGUCAGGUUUUGCGUUCUAGUCAUGUGUCUGUGUCCGCAUUUGUUUCAAGUCUCUCAGAAUUACAAUUUUCUCCUAGAACGAGAAAAACUAAUGUGAUGUACUACCUUGGGCGAUAAAAGUCAGGAUCGGGUCAUUAAGGGUUUGGAAAACUCGAACCAAGUAACAGGAUUUUCAGUGAUCACCGCUUACCAAAAAAAAAAAAAAAAAAAAAAAACUCGAAAUGAGAACAGAAGGAAGGAAGGAAGAGCAUUCCAAUAAAUGAUGCUCUUCGAAUGGUGUUAUGUUUUCGUUUCGGGGCUGAUGCGUAUGGAAAAAAUGUUGUGACAAAUGCCCUCGUCUUCUGCUGGACAAAAAGUAAAGCCGAAUCCUUGAUGCGAUUCUCUAUCUUGAACAAUACGAAACGAAACGACAAUCAAGAAAGCCUUUUUUGCCUCGGUACAAGUUGCGGAUAAAUCCAUAACUUUUGCCUCAAAUGACACUGUCAACAAUGGCGAUGGUGGUGUCUUAACUACCACUCAGAGCUCCGCAUGGGUUUUCCCCAGAACCCUACGUCGCUGGGCGUACUUUGCGUAGGUCCUACUCAAAGCUUCAUCAUCGCAGUUUCCGAUACUGACAGGUAAUUAUAGCCACAAACUGGUCUUUACACGAAAGCGACCCGUUACAUACAGUGGUACGAUUUGAGAAAUGAGAUGAAGUAUUAGAACGACGCGCAUUUGACGAGCGAUAAUGCUGGCUGUUCAAAGAAGCUUGUCUGCCCACCUGUCGACCUGCUCCGAGCCCAGUAAUGUAGGCGGCUGACAAUGCGGGAUCGCAAAAAUGUUUAAAUUGUUCUGUAUUAACGGUCCGUUUGAACGAAUACGGGGCAUUCUUUCGAACGAGAGUGGAUAUCGGAUGAGUGGAGAAAACAAGAUUCAAUAUCAGUAAGAGAAGGAAAUGGAAAAGAUGCUGCAGUUGCGCUGAUGUUGUUACGCUGAUAUUGCUCACAUCAAUUGUGGUUUGCCUCCAAAACUGGGGAACGAGGUGUUCUGCUAAUAGGGCAGCAACUGAUCAACUGCAGUAUAUAUAUUGGUGGGACCUGCGGGGGCUGCGACUGAAUGACAGCAACUAUUUGACACGCUGGGUAGGAAGUUCCUACUAGGAACUUAGAAUCAUCUGACAUUUUCUUGUCAGUGCAUAAAUCCGAAGUGUAUCGUCUCCUUUGAUGUUCAGCGCACACAAGAAGGCGAUACUGUACUGUAUCAGUGGUGGUGCAAUAAUUAAGCUCCUUCACGUCUUUGUCGUGAAGGAGCUUAAUUAUUGCAAGCCCUGCCUUGUUUUUGUGGGUACAGUACCAAAGCUUGGGUACAGUAAGGGUGACCCCACCGCGCCUUGCCCAAAAUCGCAAAAAGCAGACAGUUGUCCUCCGGUAAUUGGAUCUACUAUCUUUUAAUCAAGCCGCGCUUUGGGGGAGGUGGUGAUUCAGAGAUGAACCCCACCGCGCCUGUAACACGAUACAUCUAUUCAUAUUCAGGGUCACCCCAAUUAGGCUACAAGUAUGUCGUAGAAAUACAUUUGGCGCAAAGAAGCAA